UUGAAUUAUGAUUUUAAUAUUAUUGUAUUGUUUACAGGUCCGGGCAAGCAAGUCGUAAAAGGCGUGAGUGGCAGAUUUAUGUCCGGACAACUCAUAGCUAUUAUGGGACCCUCAGGAGCUGGCAAAAGUUCUCUAUUGAAUGUUAUAUCUGGAUACAAGUCAGCUGGAGUCACAGGUGAGUUGCUGGUGAACGGUCAAGCACGUGAUGAACAGCAGUUCAAGAGAUCAUCCUGUUACAUCACACAAGAGGAUCUUCACCAGCCAUUGCUCACGGUGCGCGAAGCUAUGGACGUUGCAGCCAAAUUCAAGCUACCAAGGGGUGUUAAAAUACCAUCAGAGGAAAUUUUGCAACAACUCGGGCUCUUGGAACACCAACAUACAAAAACUGAUUUAUUAUCUGGAGGGCAAAAGAAAAGAUUAUCUAUAGCUCUGGAGCUGGUGAAUAAUCCACCGGUGUUCUUCUUGGAUGAACCAACUAGCGGUCUCGACACAGUCACAACAUUGCAGUGCGUGAAAUUGUUGAAGCAGUUGGCGAGGCAAGGACGAACAGUUGUGUGCACUAUCCACCAGCCACCGGCUUCUCUGUUCGAAAUGUUUGAUCAGGCGUACGUAUUAGCAGAUGGUCGCUGUAUCUACCAAGGAGAUACCGAAGCCAUGGUGCCACAUCUACGAAGCAUUGGUCUUGUUUGUCCGAGACACCACAAUCCUGCAGACUUUAUUAUCGAAGUAACGGAAAAUCCUGAAAACGUGAAUAUUAUGUGCAACGAAACGUUAAAUGGAAAAAUUUAUAAAUCAUCAAAAUUAGAAAAUAUAACAACUACUAGUGAACCCAUGAACAACAUAGAGCUUAAGAUCUGCUAUCAAACAGAAGAUGAGAGCGGGGAAACUGAAAUAGUGCUGUCAAAUGAGAAAUGCACGUAUAAAGUACAACAGUAUAAUGAGCCUAGUAACUCAACGAUUUCAUUAAGUCGAAUGUCAACUGAUGAUUCGUCUUUAGCGUGGAUGAAAAUACAAGAGUCGACAAGUCGCUUUCCAACUACAUAUUUCCAACAGUUCUCAAUACUUCUAGCAAGAAUGUUGUUGCAAAUAUCAAGGAACAGACAGGCACUAUGGAUUCAAACGAUUCAUCACGUGAUGUGUGCGGUAUUAGUGGGAAUAUGUUUCUUUAAGACGGCCAACGAUGGCGCCCAAAUGUUCAAUCAUUUGAAGAUGUGCGUUGGGCUUGUCAUAUUCUUCGCGUAUACACAAAUCAUGGUCCCCGUUUUAGUCUAUCCUCAAGAAGUAAAAUUGGUUAAGAAAGAGCACUUUAACGGCUGGUACGCCUUACUUCCGUACUAUGCCGCAUUAACGGUGUCUAAACUGCCGGUACAAUUGUUGUUAAACAUGAUAUUCUGCACCACAGUAUUCUUCAUGGUGGGAGUGCCUUUUACGAUACCGAGAUUCGUAAUGUUCUGUCUUAUUGGAAAUAUAAUAUCUUUGGUAUCUGAGGGCAUCGGAAUGGCGAUCGGAUCUAUGUUUAGUGUGACGAACGGUUGUGCUAUUGGUCCAGCAGCGAUUGCACCGUUCCUCGGCCUGGCGAUCUACGGCUUCGAUUUCGCUCACAGAAUCCCGUUAAUCAUGAACAUCAUCAUGAAGACUUCAUACAUCAGAUGCGGUGUAGUCGCCAUGGUUUUAACCGUGUUCGGUUUCGGACGAAAACCUUUAGAGUGCAAAGAAAUGUACUGUCACUUCGCUAAACCCGAUGUCCUCAUGAAAUAUCUGGAUAUAGAAAACAGCUCGGUUUACUUUGAAAUCGCGAUUAUGGUGUUCAUCAUGGUAUCUGUGAGGUUUCUAUGUUACAUGGGAUUGAGAUGGCGUUUCGCGACAUGA